CCGAGCAAAUUCAAGCUUGGAUGGUAGACUUCCCUGCACACCCAGAAUCAUUGCCAAGUAAGCAGUCUCUUCCCUUGUUCACCUCUUUACUGAAUUGAAGACAUGAACUUGUUCUUGUUGUUGUUGCAAUGAUUCCCCAAUUUCUAUUUGGAUGUGGGUUCCUUCAAUCACACUGAGUUUUCCCAGAAAGCUCAUUCAAUCUUCAAGAAACAGUCCCACCCAUUUUAAGUUCAUCAAUUGGUUUUCAAGUUGCUCACUUUCUGAUGUUGAUGUCACUAAAAACACUGAGAAAGGAACCCAAGAGGUUUAUGGUGGUGGGAUUGUGUCUGGUUUUAAGUGGGCAUCAAAGUCUGCUGUUGUUUGCUCAGUUAGUCAUAGCUCUUCAGACAUUGCCGAUGCCAAGAGGAGCCGUUUGGUUCCGGACUUGGAGACAUUGGAUGUUGUUAACAUGAUUAACAGUCUUAGAAGGGAACCCAAUUCGGCGUUUUCCUUGUUCUGCAAGUUGAAGGAAGAUGGGUUCCGGCACAAUGUUGUGACAUACUGUGUUAUUGUUAGGAUUUUGUGUUAUUGGCGUUUGGAUAGGAAGUUGGAUUCUCUGUUUUUGGAGCUCAUUGAGGGAAUUAAAGAUGCUGGAUUUGAGUUGUCGGAUUUGUUGGAUGUGUUAGAGGAGGAAAGUAAGGUUUCCUUGUCGAUAGUUCGGGGAUUUGAUGCAUUGGUUAAGUCUCUAGUCAAGCUCCACAUGUUUGAUGAGGUUUGUGAUGUUUUGUUCCAUAGCAAAAGGCGUGGAUUUGUGCCGCAUAUAUUCACAGUUAAUUUUUUGAUGAAUCGGUUGAUUGAGCGUGGUGAGCUAGGUGCAGCUAUUUCUGUUUACAAGCAGUUGAAGGGGAUUGGUUUGGUCCCUAAUGAUUACACCUAUGCGAUUGUCGUCAAGGGAUUUUGUAAGGAGGGUAGGUUGGAGGAGGCUGGGGAAGUGUUUGAGGAGAUGGAGUUAGCCGGGGUAGUCCCUAGCGUGUUUGCCUACACAGCAUAUAUUGAAGGGCUUUGCAACGAGGGGCGUUCUGAUUUAGGAUGUCAAGUGCUGCAAUAUUGCAAAAGGGAAAAUAUACUUCUGGAUGCCUAUGCAUAUAGAGCUGUCAUUCGUGGGUUCUGUGAUGAGGUGAAAUUCAAUGAAGCAGAAAGUCUCUUUCUUGACAUGGAAAAUGAAGGAGUGGUGCCUGAUAUAUCCAUCUAUAGUGCUAUGAUCAGUGGCUACUGCAAGAAUUACAAUUUGGUAAAGGCUUUGACUCUCCAUAAUGACAUGGCAUCAAAGGGUAUAAAAACAAAUUGUGUGAUUGUUGGUUUUAUUCUUCACUGCCUCUGUAAGAUUGGAAUGCCUUCUGAAGCGGUGGAUCAAUUCUUACAAUUUAAGAGCACGGGGAUCUAUCUUGACGAGGUUACCUACAAUAUUGCAGUUGAUGCUUUAUGCACACUGAGAAGAGUGGAAGAAGCCUCUGAGUUGCUGGAAGAGAUGAAGCUUAAGCAUAUGAGCUUAGAUAUUAUGCAUUACACUACGUUAAUUAAAGGGUUCUGUCUCCAAGGGAAAGUUGUUGAAGCCUCAAAUUUGUUGGAGGAAAUGCAUGAGAAGGGUUUGAAGCCAGAUAUUAUUACUUACAAUGUCCUUGCCGCAGGGUUCGCUAGGAAUGGCUUGGUAUCGCAGUCACUUGGCGUUUUGGUUUAUAUGAAGUCACAGGGUUUUAAACCAGACUCGGGUACACACAGCAUUGUAAUUAAAAAUCUAUGCAUAGGAGGAAAAGUCAAAGAAGCUGAAGUUUUUCUAAAGAAUUUGGUAGAUAAGAGUGAAGAGACCUACAAUGCUCUGGUCCAUGGAUACUGUGAAGCUAACAAAACGAAGAAGGCCUAUGAACUUAUUUCUAGGCUGGCAAAGCACGGAACCAUUAACGAAGGUGCUUGCUUUAAAGUACUCAGUAACCUUUGUUUGGAAGGUGAUAAUGUCAGAGCUAUCUUGUUGUUUCAGAGAAUGUUUGCCUUAAAUGUGGAGCCAAAGAGAAUUAUGUACAGCAAACUCAUAGCUUCUCUCUGCCAGGCUGGAGAGGUGCAAAAGGCCCGCCUGUUUUUUGAUUCUUCAGUAAAUAGAGGGUUUACUCCUGAUGUGUUUGACUACACAGUGCUGAUCAACAGCUACUGUAGGGAGAAUUCUUUGCACGAAGCCCAUGAUCUCUUCCAUGAUAUGAAAAAGAGAGGGAUUCAACCUGAUAUCAUCACUUACACAGUUUUGCUUGAUGGAUUUUCAAAAAGAAACAGAAGAAGGGUUCGGUCCCCUCUACAUCGAAGGGGAAAGAGGGAAGAAAUGGGGGAUGCAUCUACUAUACUUUGGACUGAGAUGAAGGAUAUGGGAAUAAGACCUGAUGCCAUUUGUUAUACUGUUUUGAUAGACAGGCAUUGUAAAGCAGACAACCUUCAGGAUGCUAUUGCACUCUUUGACGUAAUGAUUGAUAGAGGAUUAGAACCCGAUACAGUGACAUACACAGCACUUUUGUCUGGCUGUUGUAAGAGAGGAGAUGUGGAUAGGGCUGUAACCCUAGUUGAUGCGAUGUCUUCAAAGGGAAUACAGCCAGAUGCCUGUAUGCUGUCAGUACUACAGCAUGGAAUCUUAAAAGCCAAAAAAGUGGAGUUUCGGAACUAAGAACUGUGUUGAAACUCAGUAAUUGGAUAGACCAAGGGUUGAUAAAUGACAGAGAAUGGCAACUGCUGGAGGAGUUUGCCUGAGACAACACUAUGGCUUGCCGAAAUGACUCGGUGGGAGCCUCAUUUACCGGGCCACCUGAUCCACCCCUGGCUGGAGUGGAUAUCAUGCCUUGAGAUGCUGUGGUGUUUUGGGUGUUUUCGAACAACUUUAUCACUAGCCCAAAUUGACUUGGUGGUCAUGACACAGGAAUGUAAAUACAUGUGACCCUUCCCAGACCCCAUAAUGACCAGAAGAUCAUGGACUGUUCUACCUGGCAGUACACCACAUGCAUAGGAGAAGGGGGAAUACAAAAAUAAAGCACUGGCCGGAGUGUUCCUGACCAUCAUUGCAAUGUUAAGUGGUGCAAUACGUACCCUGCAGUCAUUAUUAAGUAUAAGCUUGCGCGCCAAACAGUGGACAACAAGCUGCUUAUUCUGUACUGCUCUUUGUGAGAAUGGCUGUGCCAGUUCGAUUCCAACUUGCUAAAAAGAUCUGUCAUGAAUGAAAUCAUUUGAGUAACUGAGUACCUUUUAUGGGGCAAAGGGCAAAGAUGCACCCUAUGUUUCUGUUUUACACACUUUGCAGGUGAUAGUCUAAUGUCGAUAAAUUUUUUCUGUAAUACUAGCAGCAUAAGCAUUAGAUCAAACACCAGUUGGUAGACAGGGAAUCACCAAUGUAGAAACAAAAUUUAACAAGUAAGAUCAAACCAAGUUUUCGUUUC